AUGCCUAUGUUUACAGUAAAAAAUGAUUUCGCCGAGAUGAUGCGCGCGCUCGGCUACUCGCGCCUCAUCUCGCUGGAGAACUUCCGCAGCCCCAACUUCCCGCUGGUGGCCGAAGUGCUUAUCUGGCUGGCCAAGCGGUACGAGCCGACGGCCGACCCGCAGACCGAGAUCGAGACGGAGCAGGAACGCGUCAUGUUCGUGCGCAGUAUGGCCCAGUUCAUGGCCACCACCGCUAACAUCAAGCUCAACACCAAGAAGAUCUACCAAGCGGAUGGUCACGCGGUGAAGGAGCUGCUGAAGAUCACCACGCUGCUGUACUCCGCCAUGAAGUCCAACUCGGGCGCUGGCGACUACCGGCCCGACGAGACAGCGCUGCCCGUCACCUUCGACAUCGGCAGCAGGAUCCAGGAGCUGAAGCAGACGCGCACGCUGGCUUCUGACAUCACCACCAAGGGCGCCACGCUGUUUGACUUGCUGCGGCGCGAGGUUGACCUCCGGGAAGUACGUCAGCAGGUGCUCUCCAAAAACAUCGAGCUGAAUGACGUGGAGUCGAGCGUCGCCAAGGCAAGCGUCUUCAUCAAGGACGAGAUCGAUAAAAAUAAAAAGCUCAUCUCCAACGUGGCCACCGAUGAGGCAAACCUGGACGCCAAAAUCGAGAAGAAGAAAACGGACCUGGACCGCAGUCAGAAGCGGCUGGUCACGCUCAAGAAAGUGCGACCGGCGUUCAUGGACGAGUUUGAGCGUCUGGAGGAAGAGCUGAAGGUGCUCUACAAUGACUAUAUUGACAAGUUCCGCUGCUUGGCAUUCCUGGAGGCCGAGAUGGAGGACUACGAGAGAACCGAGGAGGCGCGCAUGAAGGAGAGACAGGCGGCGAUGAAGCAGCAGCUGGAGGACAUCCAGAAGGCGGACAACUCGGAGCUGGACAUCGGGCUGGGCCGCAUCGCCAAGACCUCCGAGGACAUGAUGUUCACCGACAAGGGCGAGGACGGCGAGAAGCCCAAGGGCCGGCCCAACGCGCGCGUUUUCGGCUCUAUGCAGGCCGACUUUGACGAGCUUGGCUCCGACACCAGCCUCGACCUCAACGACGACGACCUCGCGCAGGCCGCCAUCUUCAGCGAUGAGGAGAUGAACUUGGUUCGCGAGAGCAACACUGGUGACGGGGCGCCGCCGCCGCCACCUGACGGCGAGGCGCCACCCGACGGCGGAGCACCUCCAGAUGGCGAGGUGCCUCCAGACGGCGAGGCUCCGCCCGAGGGGGAGGCACCGCCCGAUGUGGAGGCUGCCGACGACGGAAAUGCGCCGCCGCCCGCGGACGUCGGGGCCGAGCCGGCGCCCGAGGGGGAACCGGCACCGGAGGGCGAUGGUGACGUGGAAGCGGCGCCGGCGGCGCCGGAGGACGACGACUUCUAG